AGAAUCUCUGUCAACUUCUUUGCUCUGCUCUGGUCAGUUGGAGAGAAAAAGUGCAGGUUGAAGGACUACGCGAAUUUUCCAGGUCGUCUUUUUUCCAGUUCUAGUCUUAUCUUGGUGGUCUUAUCGAUCCGCCACUACGUGGUCAUGACCCGUCAUAAGAGAAACGUCCCUCGGCCGAAGCCCGGACAACCUCAGGUUGAUGAGGAAACUGGCACCACGGAUAAUCCACCCUCGUUUUAUGUCGGGUUUGUCGUGUAUUUGAGUUUUUGUGGCUUUGCCUUCAAUAAUAUCCAUAUAGCCCAACCGGAGCCUUAUCUGGACGAGGUAUUUCAUGUACCUCAGGCCCAAAAAUUUUGCAACGGGACCUUUAAUCAGUGGGACCCUAAGAUAACGACUCUCCCUGGUACAUACUUGAUCUCUGCGGCGACGGUGAAACUGGUGGCGAUGUUUGGCUUUGGUGGCAGUGACGAGGAUGACGGUGGAUGCCCGACAUUUUUCUUGCGGUUGUUUAAUUUUAUGAUUGGAUUCCAAAACUUUCAAUUGAUAAGAGGAAUCUUGGAAUUCUAUAUGAAGGGGGAAAACGAAUGGAAAAUUAUCCUGGCUGCAGUGAAUGUUUCGAUGUUUCCGGUGUUGUUCUUUUUCAACUUUCUGUUUUAUACAGACGUCACUUCCACUUUUUGGCUCCUCUUGAUGCACUUGUUAUUCAUUAGGAAAAGCUUUUGGAGUUCCGCCAUUUGUGGUGCCUUGUCCAUCCUCACCCGUCAAACGAACGUUGUUUGGGUAGCCUUUCACUGUAUGCUUAUGGUGUUUGGCAAAGUUGAACAAUUGAUGAAAAAUGAAAGUGUGCCACCCACGGAAGUUACUGAUAAGAACAAGAAGUCACGGCAACGGAAAUCAAGCCACAACUUGGCUGGACAUUCGCAAGAGCAACGUGGCAGUGCAACUAAGAAAUCAACUUGGGAAAUUCUGAUGGAUCUGGCCGAUCUGGGCAACAUGGGUGGCUACAUUAUCACCAUCUUGGGUUUUAUCAUUUUCGUCAUUUGGAAUGGAGGGAUCGUCGUAGGAGACAAGGAGGCCCACUCGGUAACCCUGAAUUUCCCCCAGAUUGGAUACUUUACCAUCGUGUUUGGAUUAUUCGCUGCGCCUUACAUAGUAUCCCGCAUCACAAAUACCGUCUCCAUCGUUAUGAAUAAUAUACCGUGGAUCUUCUUGGGAACCAUGGUGGCUCUGGUGGUUGUCCAUUUCAACACGGUCGCACACCCCUACCUCCUAUCGGACAAUAGACAUUACCCGUUCUACUUUUGGAAAAACAUUAUUCAGACUUUGCCCUGGGGAAGGUAUUCUCUCGCUCCGAACUACGUCCUCAUCUGGACCUUCAUCUUCAGUAAUUCGCCCGGUGACAAGUUUCCUCACUACUCGGUCGCCCUAUUCAUCUCUGCCGUCGUCCAACUCGUCCCUCAACUCUUAUUAGAAUUCCGCUACUUCAUUCCGGUCUACUUGAUGGCGCGUCUCGCCAUACCGAAAGCGUCCUGGCUAGAGUUGAUUAUUGAAUUUUUUAUCGCAUUUGGCAUCAAUCUUGCCACUCUGCAUUUAUUUGUUACUCGACCGUUUUACUGGCGCGAUCAUCCGGAUGAGCUUCAGCGGUUUAUGUGGUAGGAGAAGCUACACGCACUGAUUGUUUAUUAAUUCCUUGUUAUCCUGUGUGAUUUGUUGUUCCAUUUAUUUAUUUUUAUAAUGAUAACGCGUCUAGCGGGCCUAGCACCACCAGAGUAAAUUGGUGCUACUAAUGAAACUUGUGCUGGAGUAUCUUUCUACGUCAGCUUGUAUCACUGAUAAAAUAUUUUUUAUAUGCAACCGUACUUAAUAAUUUAUAAUAUCAAUUCCUUUAAUGUUCUGUUAAACUGUAUAGUUUUUAUGGGUGGAAAUAAGAAAGGCUAAAUUUUUGUACUCAAUAUUUAUAUAUUCCUUCACUAAUAAAGCACUUAAACAAAAUAUUUCUAAAACUCAAAA